AUGCGAUACCUAAAGAAUAUUCCUGGAGACAAAAAAAAAAAAAAAAAAAAUAAAAUAAAUUCAUAUAUCGCCUUAAUGAUGACACAUAAUAAUAAUAAUAAUAAUAUCACUGAUAAUAAUAAUAAUAAUAAUAAUAAUAAUAAUAAUAAUAAUAAUAAUAAUAAUAAUAAUAAUAAUUUAAAUAAUAAUAAUAAUAAUAAUAUUACUGAUGAUAAUAAUGAUAUACUUUCAAUUAUAAAUAAUAAUAAUGAAAAUAGUAAAUUAUCAAUUUUAUUAAUUGGUGAAAUAUUAAGAUAUUGUUGGAAUGAUAAAUAUAGUGUAUUUGCAUGGAAGGUGUCAUUAUCAUUAGUAUCGAAAGGUGUGUUUAAGAUUGUUUCAAGUUUUGCAAAUAGUAUUAAUUUAGUAUCAAGUGAUUUAUAUCAACAUCUUAGAAAUCAAUGGUGUAUAUUUAAAUCAAUAGAUUCGCUAACGACAUCAUUUAAAUUUUUGGAAGGAUUCGUUGACGAAUUUAAUUUCAAUUUAUUAGAAAAGAAACAAAUUUAUUUACCAAAAGAUUGUUCAAUUGAUAAUAUUGACAGAGACAAAAUUCAGGAUCCCUUAUCAUUAUUAUCAAGUUUAACCAUUAGGGGACCCGCCGCAUCAUAUGUGAAAAAAGAGAAAGUUGUAUUACAAUUACUAUUAUCAAGUAACACAAGUUCAUUUAAACAUUUUUCAAUGAUUUCACAUAAGAAUACACUGUUGAAGAAUAUUUUCAGUUUUCUAGAACAGUGCCCGAAUUUGGAGUCGUUCGGACUGGGUUUACCAAUGUCUGAUAAGAAAAACAGUGGUGUCAAUCAAUAUUUGAAGAAAAGUGGAUCAGGUUUAAAAAGUUUACAUUUAUGUUUUAAUUUUAAGAGUAUACCAACAUUGGAAGAUGGUAAACAAUUGAAUGAAAGUUUCUUUGGUAUUGGAUCAGAUAUUAAUCUUAGGAAUUUAAAAAUCCUACAAUUAGGCCAUAAAAAACUUUCAGGUCCAAACUACGACUCACAUUCAUUCGACUAUCCAAUAAAUGCAUCAGAGAUUUUAUUCUCAUGUAUUCGUGACCGUAUUGACUCCCUAACGACAUUAAUAUUUCAUAAACCUACCGGCUACACAUGUCAAACUGACUCUUCCAAUGAAUUCUUAUUAAAUUUAAAUUCAUAUUUAAUAAAUGGUGAUAGGAAUCAGUCAUUGACGCAUUUAGAACUACCAGUUAAAAUUACAAGACCUGAUAUUUUAUCGACUGUUGCAAAUAAGAAAUCGUUACGUAGACUUACGAUAUUAACAAAUCAAAUGGUACCAUUUUCAACAGAUUCAAAUUUAGAAAGAUUGGAAUUACUAUCGGAUCCUGUGGAAAAGGAUACACAAGAAGCUUCUCAAAAAUUCUUUGAAUUAAAUUCAACAUUGAAAAUUAAGAAAUUGGUAAUUAGAGAUCAUAUAUUCUUUGAAACUUUAAAACCAUUCCUUCAAGAUAAUCUAGAUUUACUUUGUUUAAAUGUUGCACUAAAAGGUAAAACCAAUUUCGGUCUUCAUAAUAAUCCAUUCCUCUCAAUUCCAGAUGCAAAAAAUUUAAAAAAAAUCGUUGCAAAAUUUCCUCACAUUGAAAGAGACGAAGUUGCCGAUGCAAUUAGUAGAUUCUUAAGAUUUUGUUCAACAAGUGAUUCAAUUCAAUAUGUUAAAUAUAUUCAAUCAGAUUUUAAUUUAGAAAAAGUUAAUUCAUUUGGUUUUAAAUUUUUAAAUAGAAAUGAUAGAUCGUAUUAUUAUACAAGAAGUUUACCAAAAAAUGAUCCAAAUAAAAUUUUAAUUAGUACAGAUUUAAAAACUUGGAAUGGUAUUGAUGAUCAAUAUGAAACAUUUAAAAGUUAUAUAACAAAAUCUAGAAAAUUAUUUGAUCAUUUAGUUGAACAAUGUAAAAGUAGAUCAGAAUAUACAGCAUCUUAUCUUUUAAAGUAUACAAAGAAUUGUUUAACAACAUUCACUAAAGAUCAAUGGGAACAAUCUGAUGAAUUAUUAAAAACUGCUCAUGCAACUGUUUUAGCAAUUAUGGAUCAAGAUUCAUUCGCUCGUUCGUUAGUUGAAAAAGCUCAUAUGAAUUUAGAUUUCUUAAAAUUAACUGCUCAUUAUAUUUUCUAUGGUUUAGGUCCAACUGCUAGACCAAUUCCAUUAGAAACUUUAAAUCAAGUUAUAAUUAAUGAUGGUAGAGGUAUUACAAAACCACCAUUACCACAACAACAAAAUAAUAAUAAUAAUAAUAAUAAUAUUAAUAGUAAUAAUGAUUCAAGUAUUUUACAAAUUUAA